AUGAGUGAAAUGAAAAAUACUAAAAGAAUUUAUUCAUCAGAUGGAUCAUUAUCAAUUGAAUAACUUAAAACAAUUUGUCCUGAUUAAUAUGUAACUUAUGAAAUAUUUGAUCUUGCUUUUAAAUAAAUGUGGUCUGUAGUGAAUAAAUUAGAAAUGUUACAAUUAUAGCAAAAUAAAAAUGAUAAAUUGUAUGAGCUAGAAAAAAGAAUUUCAAAUCUAGAGGAAGUUAUACAUAAAUUAACUAACAUAACAUCUGUCAUUCCUGAAUCUCUUCAAUAAUAGAUUAUAGAAUUAACUGAUACUAGUAAAUAAAUUCUUAUUUCAAUACCAUAAAAAAUUGAUUAAAUUUAGAAUGAUAAUAAUGAGAAAGAUGAAAGAAUCAAAUCUGUUGAAGAUGCAUGUAAUAUCUUGGCAAGAGUGUUACAUGAUGUAUAAACUGAAUAUGAAGAUUAAAAAGAUUAAGUAUAAUUCUAUUAGAAAUUUUUAGAUUGAUAAAAUGGAAUCUGAUUUAUUGAAUAUGUUUAAAAAUUUCUAAACUGUUUUAAAAAUAGAAAAAGAUAUUACAAAUAUAUAAACUGAAAUCUAAAAUAUUACUAAAGCUAUUAAUGAAAUAUAUUAAUUUAUUUGA